GGGUACCUGGUCACAUAUAUAAGACAAAAAUAUGCGGAAUGUAUUAUUUCCUUGUGCUCUCGUGUUCUGAUAUCAACAUCGUGUACGACUAACUGCCGUCAUGUUGAAGUUUUGUGUGAUCUUUCUCGUGAUAUUCGUUGUUUGGCCAUCGCAAGCAUCUGAAAGUGAUCUAAUUAAGUUACCUCUGCCUCUACCGCCUGAUCCGCUAAUUCUUACUAUACCGCCAGCUUGUGAAGUUGAUGGAGAAGUGCGCGCCGAGGGAGAUGUGUGGCAGAAGCCCAUCGGUUCUUCUGAGUGGGGAUGUAAAUUGGAAUGUUCAUGUUGUGAAGGACGAGAACACUGUGCUUUGUGCCUGCCGCCACCUUUCCUGGACGAGAAUCCUGGAUGCUAUUACAUACCAGACAACAGCAAACCGUCACCACCUGCCCCGUGUGCAGGACGGGGCAGUUAUGGUCCACCUCCAAUGUUACUGGGCCUUACUCCGCCGUGCUGUCCCACUAAGGACACGGCUAGUCGCAUCUGCAGAACAGACGCCUCCUUUGAUCCGGAGAAAUACGCACAGUACCUGCUUUUCUGGAUGGCACCAGACUCAGCCGCAGAAAUGCCGGACAGCAGUGAUCCCAACUAUCUGCAGGAGCUGGAGGCCCACUUUUGGAAUCAAGUGGGACCGGAGGGGCCGAAGGGGCCUUUGGGACCGGAGAAGCCGAAGGGCCCGUGGAAAGAAACAGAUGAUGCAUAAAUAUAUUCCAGCGCGCUAUGAGGCAUACACGCUGCUCUAUCUAAGACCGAAGCCUAAUCACAAACAAUUGUUAUUAAUUACUACUCAACAAAUGCCGUUUCAAUUUGCAAGAGGACUAUUUCAAAUAGUCUAUAAGAAAAAUUGAUGUUUGGACUAAUGUUAUGGCUUGUUUUGUUUCUGGCAACGAGCCCCUGCUAUCCAAGUUGUAGAACAAAUAAAGUUUAAUGCGUACAUCAGACGUGUACGAACACAACCAUGCA